CUACUACUGUUGUACCUGCUGACGACUCCAUGGAGCCUCGAAGAAGCCAACGCCAAGGCGUGAUGCGCUUGAUGGCCACCACAUUGCUAGUCGCGGUCGAUUCAAGAGCGUUCCUUAUCACAACGGUAGUGCCUCCUCGACAGCAACAUGCGCUACAAUCCAAAUUGCAACAUCAACCCUACCUACCACAACACCUGACGCGACGCUCGGCGCGUGAUUGCGCGGAAUCACCAGACGUUUGCGCAAUGCAGCAAGGGACUGCUGGCGCCAGCGGCUUGUCUGCCACUCUCCCUGUCGACGCCGCUGUGACGCGAACGGAAGCUCUGUCUGGAUUUUUCCAGGCAGUCUUGCUGUCCACCGCGGUACUUGCGAAUCCUCCCGACAGCAACUCCGAUGGCCUCGGCGUUGUGGAUGACUUGCUGGCGGACUGCCCUUCGACUCCGACAUGCGUGAGCUCCCAGGACGACAGACCGUACCCGUUCAUGGAGCCUUGGUCGUACGACGGCCCCUUCGAGCGGUCAAUGAGCCGUCUGCGGAACUACCUCGAGUUCAAUGGCGCGAAGGUGAUCGCAUCGUCCCCCCGUUACCUGCGGGUGGAGUUCGAGGCGGUGAACGCGAUACCCGCUUCGGUAGACGACGCCGAGUUCUACUUCACCCCCGGCGAUGCCCUCGUGCAGUUCCGGUGCGCCAGGAGAAACGGGCCCACCGACUUCGGCGCCAAUCGGCGGCGCAUGGACGGCAUUCGCCAAGCGCUCAAGUUCGAAUCUAUCCCGGUGCUGCGCAACCGUAAGCGCGCCCUCUUUUUCGGCGAGAGCCCCAUCGAUUCUUUCGGUCCUUCCUUCGGAAUGGUGAGGCAGUUGCUCUGCACGGCGUGUGCCGUGGCAUGCGAUUUUUUGCCAAACCCUUGUGCGUGUUGUGGUGUGGGCGUACUGCUCCCCGCCAUGUUGAAAUCUCGCAUGCGCACUGACCCCAAGCGUUAA